UGUCCUGGAAGGAACGUGAACACAAAGCACCUGUCUGCUCUCCAGCCUCAACUCGCACAGCUGCAAAGACCUGUAAAGCCUCUCGAGUGUGACAACUGACUGCUGCUGCAUUUUCACAUCAGAACAUCAGACACAGGGGUGAUGAGGAUGAUGAUGGCUUCCUUCAUGUGCAAGACACUGCCUUUAUUCAUCAUCUGCAUGGCUCUGCAAGAGGGUUGUGGGCUCCCGUUAUCAGAGCAGGCAGAGCUGCCGGCUCAGGCUCCACACCGGGUCAGGACCAAGCGCUGCUCCUGUAACAGCUGGCACGAUAAAGAAUGCAUCUACUUCUGCCACCUGGAUAUUAUCUGGGUCAACACGCCAAGUAAACUUCUUCCUUAUGGCCUUGGAAGUCCCCUGUCUCGUCGCCGCCGCCGUUCCGCUGAACGUUGCGAAUGCCUUAACCCAGGCGAUAAAACCUGCUCCGGCUUCUGCCUUCAAAGCUCAGAGAAUCCAAGGACUAAUGUUGUGGGCCCAUUAGUUGAAUCUGCAAACCCCAACAGCAACACAUUGCUGGCAUCUUUCAGAUCUGUGGUCAAAUCCAACAAUGUGAUCGCAAAAGAGAUUCGGUUAUUAAACGAGAAACCGGGUGGAGUAAACAGGCUGAGGAGCAGAACAAGACGGUAGAGAACGGAGCGAACACUAGAGGCAGUUCAACCUCCAACAGAUUCAACCUCCAUGGGCCAGAGACUCCUUCAUCUACCUUCAAUGCUGGAACCAGGGUUUUGUAAGAUGUCAAGAAGCUUGUUAACUCUGGGGAUGUGGUGGUUGAAGGAUGGCAACGGUUCAAGCAUUUGGUCAACAAUACAAAGCUUGGGAGACUGGCAGCUCACCGAGACAGAAGCACUAUGGCAGGAACACUGCUGGGUGGAGACGUCGCAGUCAUUUCUCAAACUCUCUUUGAACUUUUUUUAAACUUAACAAUAGAUGCCAGGGAAGGAUCCAUUAAAGCCAAGAACAUGGAAACUGGUGUCUGGGAAUCACAUCAAGAAAGUUUACAAUGACCAAUCAGUCACUGAUCUGUGCUUUGUUUGGUUAUAUGGCCAUAUGACUCCUCUUGUCUUAAGGAACACAACAACCUACACUGAGGAUCGCAGGAUUGUUACUUAUUCAGCAUCAACUCCGUGUUUAGUUGUGAACUCUUUGUCAAUGUUUACCUUCGAUGUCAUUGUUGACCUUUGGUUCAGUUUAAUAUUGCUCUGUAUCAGAGCGGGAGUCAAGUGUUUAUGACACAUAAGCAAAUUUCCUUUUAUUAAUAUAGGGCAGUUCUUAAAAAUGGCAGCUUGUUCAUUCUUGGCAGACAUCGUCUCACUGAAAUGAAAGUCAUCUCUUGGGGAUUUAUCUCACAGUUAACUUUAUGCAAGGUCCAUUGUGAGUUGCAUGCACAUGCACACAGACACAUACAUGCACAUGCGCAUACACACACACACACACACACACACACACACACACACACACACACACACACACACCCACAGUCAACUUUCUGCUAGCAUAAAAA